ACCAUCAGCUAUUUGUCUCUAUAUAGUCGAGCUAUUCGUUCAACGUUGGACGAUGAAUCAACAGCACGACAUACAGCUCUCCUUCAACAGCUUUGCGAAAAGUCAAAAGGUGUCAUCAGAGAACUGGAUGGAUCCAACGAUUUGACGUUCCUUCGUCUUCGUACUAAGAAGAAUGAGAUUAUGAUUGCUCCUGACAAGGACUACUUACUAGCUGUUAUUGAAAACUUGUCCUCAUGA